AGUGCAUACGAGUUAAUACUUUACCUGACACUCGUUCUCCCCUCCAUCCUUUCCAAAAUGCAGACGAAGCUGCAAGAAGCUCCAGAACCGCCCACCAUCGACGAGCUUUUCAGAGCAGCCAUGAGUCGCAAAUGGGACAGCAUUGUGCAUGCUUAUUCCUACCACUCCCAGAACAUCAUUGAGAGUUACAAUGCCUGCAGCAUCAAGCUGGACACUGCACUGCACAUUGCUGUAGCCAAUAGCCAGUCCAAGUAUGUACGCGACAUAGUUGAGAAAACACCCAAAAAAGAUGUUUUGGAGAUCCUAAAGAUGAAGAAUCGUCAGGGAAAUACACCUCUUCACUUGGCGGCAGCAAUUGGGAACUUGGAUAUGUGCAGUUGCAUAACUCUCAAGGACCAACGCCUCAUUGCUGAAAGAAAUGAAGAAGGUGAGACUCCGCUUUUCCUUGCUGCCAAACGCGGCCAAGAGAAAGCAUUCUUUUACUUGGAAUACUGUUACAAGACGAUCAUUAACCAGGACAUCAUCGACAUGCUGAUCAAGAAAAAGGAGAACCGCGGCAUCGACACCGUUCUUCACUCUGUCAUCAAAGGAGAACACUACGGGUUUGCACGUCGGAUUAUAGAAUCUUACCGACAACUGGUGGACAAAGUAAAUAAUGAAGGAUUGACACCCCUUCACGUACUGGCUCUUCAGCCUCAUUCAUUCAAGAGCCGCGCCCAUCUAGGCCUCUUUCAGCGCAUUUUCUACAAAUGCAUAAUCACUGGAGCGCACACGUGGUCGGCAGAGCAGGACAGAGAGGAGUUUAAAGCAAUUGAUCAGCCGGACAGAGACGUUCUCAAAAGCCUGCCUGAUAACUACAGAAUGUGCGGAGAGAUCUAUAAAAAAAUGCUGAAGAGCUCUAAAUUCAUCCUUACAUUUGGUCGCUGGUGCAAUAAAAGUGAUGGAACAAAGAAUAAAAGUGAAGGAACAAACAAUGAGGCAAACUUAGAAGGAGGACACCAAGGACCGACUACGGAGCCCCAUAAACCCUCCACGACAUUCUGCGACGUACUACUCCAGAUAUUGGAGUUCAUAGCUUACGUGCCCCUCCAUUUUCUUGGUAUCUGGCGCUGGUGCAAUCAAAGUGAUGGAACAAACAAUAAGGCAAACUUCGAAGUAGAAGGACACCGAGGACCGACUACAGAAGGCAAUACUACGGAGCACUAUAAACCAUCCAUGGCAUUCUGCUACGUACUAUUCCAGAGAUUGAAGUUCAUGGCAUACGUGCCCCUCCAUUUUCUUGGUAUCUGGAUCCUACUUUUUUAUUAUGUGGAGUUGAAGAAAAAGCACCAGCUAGCUAAAAUAGUGUUGAAGGAGCUGCUGGCAUCAGGCAAUAGACCUAAACAAGCUUCAGCGUCAGCCAAUAGACUUGAACGAGCUUAUGCAUCAUGCAUUGGACCUGAAAAAAGGCCAAAAUAUAAUCAAUCCAGUGAACCGCGCUACCGAGGAGAGACACCAUUACUGACGGCGGCAAGGCUGGGUAUCCAUGAAAUUGUGGGGGCUAUACUCAAGAAGUUCCCAGAGACCAUCGAAGAUAAGGAUUACAAGAAGAAGAACGUGGUGCUGUUGGCAGCGGAGAACCGGCAUAAAAAAGUGUACAGGCUCUUAGAGAAAAAGAGGAUGCUGCAAGAAAGCAUCUUCUGUCAAGUCGAUGCCAACGGCAACAGUGCUCUGCACUUGGCUUCUCGGUAUAAUAAGAAUCAACCCUGGCACCUUCCUGGGCCAGCACUGCAGCUGAAAUGGGAAAUUACAUGGCAUGAGUAUGUUGAAGACUCAGUGCCAUCAAACUCCUUUGCUCUUCGAAACAAUGACCGAAAGACUGCUAAGGAGCUCUUUGAUGAAUCACACGAAAAACUAAAAGAAGAAGGACAGAAGUGGCUCACUGAUACCUGUCGCGCAUACUCGUUGAUCUCAAUUCUGAUUGCAACAGUUUCCUUUGCCACAUCGUCGACCAUUCCUGGAGACUACGAUGAAGGGAAACCGAAACUUGAACCGGAGUUCGCAUUCAGUGUCUUCACCAUCUCUUCGCUCAUCGCCCUCUGCACUUCCAUGACUGCCACGGUCUACUUCAUCGCCAUUCUCACGUCUCAACAGGAGCUGGAGGACUUUGCACUAACACUGCCCAGUCGUCUUCAGACCGGCUGGACCUUUCUCUUUGCAUCCAUUACUAGCAUGCUGAUCUCUUUCGGCUCGGGAUUUUACUUCAAUGUGAGGCACAAGCUGGAGAAUGCUGCAUACCCGAUAUUUGCUGUGAUGUGCUUGCCGGUGACCGUGUUCGCAAUCUCUCAACUCAAGCUGUUCAUUCACCUAAAUGCUGCCCUUAUCCUCGGGCAAAGCAAGAAGCCAAUUCGUCACUGUCCCAUUGAUGAUGAUUAUUAGUAAUUCUAUCUGAGUGAUAUAUAGUAUUUGGAAUGCUAAUAAAAAAGAAAAAAAAGACUAGGAUGUUGCAUUGAGUGAAUGCUGUCUGGUUUGAUGUGAAAGGGUGAAGAUCAUGUCGAUUCUGCCCCUUAUUUAUAUAUGUUUAAGAUUUACAAAUAUUUAAGAUUUACAUAUCAUUAUAAUUUUGCAAUGCAAUGUGUGAUUCAAA